GCCUACUAGGUAUUGAUCCGUGGCAGUAGCGCAGAUGUGUAUAUUAUGCUUAGUUUGUGCAUUCUAGGUGUAAUUAAUCAAGAAUUAUAAUGUUUUGUGGUAUUCGGUAUAUUAAGUGAUAGAGAAUUUGAGUAUUGAUCGUUAGCAGUCUACAUUCUAAUGAGAAUGAAAUGACACAAUUUUGUAGUUUAAUGACGGCUUAUUGACGUACCUGUACAUAACCUCCCAAAAACCAUGCCUCAUAAGGGAAAGAAGAAAUUCAAAAACAAAGAAACAGCUCUCAUAAAGAUUGCAAAAAAGAAGAAGAAGAGAUUGAAGGUGAAGUUAACACCCAACAAAGGAACACUUGUUAUUAAGAAUCUAUCAUUUAAUGCAACUGAAGAAGGUGUCAAGGAAUAUUUUAGCAAGUUUGGGGAUGUGUGUGAAGUAAAAAUUCUACAAAAUGAUUCUGGUAAUCUUGUUGGCCGUGGCAUCGUUCAAUUUACUAAAGAGAAAAGUGCAGUGAAGGCUAUCAAACGAUGUAAUGGAAAAGAUUUCAUGGAGCGGAAGAUAGUCGUUGAUUGGGCUGUACCACGGUUGCGAAAGGAGAAUAAUACUGAUGUGUUGCUGAAAGUGAAGGAUGAGCCUGAGGAAGAUGUUGCAUUAAAAAAGGAGAAGUCUGAAUGUGUAGAGGAAUCCAGUCACGUUGGAAAGAAGCUUAAGGUUUCAGUUAAAGAAGUAGUGCAGAAUAUAGAAACCAAGAAAUGUAAGAAAAAUAGAAAUGCCAAGAAGGGCCGACUUAUUGUCCGGAAUUUGCCUUUCAAGGUAACAGAAUCAGUUCUCCAUAAACAUUUUGAGAAGUAUGGAGAAAUUACAGAGGUUAACUUGCUUCAUAAAGGUGAUGGGAAACUUGUGGGUUGUGGAUUCAUUCAAUUUGCAAAGAAGAAUAGUGCAGCUAAGGCUAUCUUGAGUUGCAGUGGGAAACCUCUGCUGGGACGAACAAUAAUUGUGGAUUGGGCUGUACCAAAAUCUGUAUUUACAACAAAUGAAUCUUCAACCAAAGAAGAUAUUGAAAUAAAAGAGGAGGAUCCAGGUGAUGUUAAAGAGACUGUGAACAAGUCAGCUUCAGAUGUUGAGGGCUGUGAUGCUCAGCCUGUAGAAAUCAAGACUGAACCACUCUCUGAUGAAUCAGAAAAAGAAGAAGGAGGUGACAGUGAUAGUAAAUCUGAUACAAGUGAAAGUUCAGAUAGUGAGGAACAAGACGGGGAAUCAGUCGAAGACACAGAUGAUGAGUCAGAUGUAAAACCUAAACAAAAAGAUGACAUUAGAAAACCCAAGAUGAUUUCCAAUGAUGUUUCUGAAGGACGGACAGUAUUCGUAAAGAAUGUUCCAUUUUCAGCUAAUAAUGAUGAUCUUAAAACCUGUAUGGAACAGUUUGGUCCAGUAAUUUAUGCUCUCAUAUGUAUAGAUCCUGUAACAGAACAUUCAAAAGGGACAGCAUUUGUAAAAUUCCAGACAAAAGAGAGUGCAAAGCUGUGUUUAGCUGCAGGCACAGAAUUGUCACUGCUUGACCACACUCUGGAUGUGUACGAGGCUUUGAACAAGGACCAGCUUCAGCAGAAGACAAACCUGAAGCGUGACAUACAGAAGAAUAAAGACAGCAGAAAUUUGUACCUUGUCAAGGAAGGAGUUAUCUUGGCUGGGAGCAGAGCUGCAGCGGGUGUGUCUGUGGCAGAUAUGGAGAGGCGUCUACAGUUAGAGCAGUGGAAAAGCCAGAUGUUACGUAACCUCAAUAUGUUUGUAUCUCGGUACCGCUUAGUGAUUCAUAACGUGCCUCCAUCUUGGAAUGAUGCCAGGUUGCGCCAGCUGUUCCUCCAACAUUCUGGACCUAAGGCAGUUAUCAAGGAGGCUCGAAUUAUGCGUGACAUGAAGAAUGUUGAUGCCCAGGGGAUUGGUAAAUCCAAGGAAUUUGGUUUUGUUUCCUUUACAACCCAUGAACAUGCAUUGCAGGCUUUAAGAAAUAUUAACAACAACCCAAAUAUAUUUACAUCAUCCAGGAGACCAAUUGUGGCAUUUUCCAUAGAAAACAAGGCUAUCAUGAAUAUAAAACAAAAACGCUUGGAAAAAAGUCAAGCCAAGAAUCCAUUGUAUAGUGGUCAGCAUGUUGGUAAAUGUGCUAGUAAGACAGGAAAGUCAUUAAGGAACAAUGAAGAUCCAGAUGAAAGAAGAACGGGGAAUGACACUAUAAUGACAGAGGAAACGGAAGAGUUUGUGGGCAUCACAGCAAAACCAGGAAACAAGAAGCUACGUACUCGGUUUGGACUCAAGACCCAAGCUGAAAUCCAUAAGCAGUCCCUGCACAAAGACAAACACAGACAAAAGAUAAAACGCAGAUUUGACCAGCAGAGACGCAGUAUGAAAGAAAAAAAGAAAGAUCCACAGCCGAAGAAGGGAGUUAAAAGAAAACUUGAUGAGGAUGAUACAGCAUUCAGUAACCUGGUGGGCCAGUAUAAGAAAAAGUUGAUGGCUGCCCCUGUAAAGAAGUGGUAUGACUGAAACUGUGGAUGUAGUACAUGUUUCAUAAACAUACUGCAAUAUAGACCGUGGUUAUCGAGUUCCAGUGUGAAGGUUCUCUAUUGUUAAAGAUUACUUUUUUGUGGGAUACGAUACCAUGAAGUCCAGUAAAUAUGUACCAAGAUUUCAUAGGAAUAUGGUGCCUCCAUCAUUGGGGUAGAAGAGAGUGGCAUCUUAAGCCCUGAGGAUGAAGGUAGCGUGUACUUUAAAAACCUUGGUAGUUACUUACCAAACUACAUACUGUCACAUCCCAGAAGAGGGUGAGAACCCCAAAUGUUAUGUUGUAUGAUGUACUUUAUUAAAAGAAGCGUUGUUGUAUGUGAACAGUUACAGCACUACAUGUAAUUUGGAGUCCAUCUGAAAUAUAUCUGAGCUUGCAUCAUCA